AUGUGGUGCUGGAGCAGGGGUCUCAGUCACGGGGCCGAGAGGAAGAAUGAUGGUUGGAGUCGUGGAGAAAGCCACGGUGCCGCUAAGGUUUUAGGUCGCAAUCUCAGCAGUGGAAAGCAGCGGUUGCCUCGCCGUCGUGGCGUCACAGUGUUGUGGAGGCUUGGAUCUGUCGUGGAUUGGAUCAUCAUGACGGUCUUGCUUCUCGUGCUUUUGCUUUUGGCCAGGGUUAUUCAGAAAGCUUUGGUUGAGCGAAAAAAAAAAGAAUGA